AAUUGUAGCAACAGCUUCUGAAAUCAAUAUGGCUUUUUCCGACACUACAUUUGUCAAUUUAUCCAUUUUCAUGCUGCUUUUGGCUUCAAGUGUUUCAGCUCAGAGCUCAUUUCGCCCACCUGCUCUAGUUCUUCCGGUCCGAAAGGAUGCUUCCACUUUGCAAUAUGUGACCAAAAUCAACCAAAGAACACCCUCAGUUUCCCUGAACCUGGUUCUUGAUCUUGGAGGCCAAUUCUUGUGGGUUGAUUGCGACAAAAAUUACAUAUCCUGUACGUACCGCCCGGUUAGAUGCCGCAGUGCCCAGUGCUCACUAGCAGGGAAUGAUGGGUGUGGAAAUUGUACCAAUGGGCCUAAGCCUGGGUGCAACACUAACACCUGCGUCGUUUUCCCUGACAACACCGUUACUCAUACUGCCACCGGGGGAGAGGUAGCUCAGGAUUCUCUCAUCGUAGCAUCAACCGAUGGCUCGAAUCCAGGUCGAUCCGUCACGGUUCCUCAGUUCAUUUUCGGAUGUGGCUCUACUUUUCUGUUGAAAGGACUUGCCAGUGGUACAGUUGGCAUGGCUGGACUUGGCCGGGCGAGAAUUGGACUGCCAUCCCAGUUGUCUGCUGCCUUCAGUUUCCAUAAAAAGUUUGUAAUUUGUCUAUCAACUUCAUACACGGUUGAUGGUGUUGUCUUUUUCGGUGAUGACCCUUACAAUUUUCUUCCAAAUGUUGAGGCAGCCGGGUUUUUGCAAUACACCCCGCUUUUCAUCAAUCCAGUGAGCACUGCUGGAAUUUCCAGCCAGGGCGAGCCCUCGGACGAGUACUUCAUUGGAGUUAAAUCUAUCAGGGUGGGCGAUAAGGCUGUGAAAUUGAACAACACAUUGCUGACCAUUGAUAGACAAGGCAAUGGCGGAACGAAGAUCAGCACUGUCAAUCCUUACACUGUACUGGAGACUUCCAUCUUUAAAGCUGUCACCAAUGCCUUUAUUAGUGAAGCUGCAGCAAGGAACAUCAGUAGAGUUGCUGGUGUAGCACCCUUUGAGGUGUGUUUCAGCUCAGAGAAUGUUCUUGGCACAAGACUUGGUGCAUCAGUUCCAUACAUUGAACUUGUUUUGCAGGCAAAAGACAUGGUUUGGACCAUCACUGGUUCAAACUCCAUGGUUUAUGUGAAUGAUAACGUUUUGUGCCUUGGAUUUGUUGACGGCGGAUUGAAUCCCAGAACCUCAAUUGUGAUUGGUGGUUAUCAGUUGGAAGAUUUGCUCUUGCAAUUUGAUUUGGCAACUUCAAGACUGGGCUUCACCUCUACGCUUUUGGGCGCUCAAACCACAUGCUCCAACUUUAAAUUCACAUCCACAGCCUAA